AUGAAUUCAGAAUUUAUGAUUGAUUUUGAAAGUGAUUCAAAACCACAGGAAAAUAACGGAAGAAAUCAGGAGGACGACACAUUAGAUAAUUUCACGAACUCGAUAUUAUCUCAGUACGCCUCUGGAUUGAAUCCGCCAAUAUGCAAAGUAUCACCUUCAACUCAAGAUCUACCAUUUCAACCUGAAAAAUUACCAUUUGAUUUCUCAAAUUCAUCCAAUGAAGAUAGCAAUAGUGUGAACUCUGAUGAUUUGUCUUCUUUUAAUAACUGUAUAAAUAAAAUUGAGAUUCUAUAUACUAUGUCAACCAAAUUGGAGAAACAAUGGAACGAUUGGUUCCACUUAAUUAAGGAAAGAUCAAAUUACAACAGAUAUGACUUAUCCCUAAAGAAACCAACAAUUUGGAAACAAAACUACAAUUUGAAUGAUUUACACUUAGAUUCUAUAUCUCAUUGGAUUGAAAUAUCAUCAAACAUUUUAUGUUGUUUGGCCUACACCUUAAAUAUAGAUAGUAAUAUUUUCGACUUAAGUGGUUCUAAGCUUUUACAAGAGUCAAUUGAUGAGGCCUAUUCAAAAUUUAAUACUGACAUUUCAAAGGUUUGGGAACAGCCAAACUUUUCAAAUCAACAAUCAAAAAAUGAUUUUAAAAAUGAGUAUCUUAAAAUGAUAAAGUUUAACACUAGAUUACAGUCUGACUACGAGAGAAUCCUAGAAAAAUUAAGAAAUGAAAGAGAUGAAGCCCUUUCAAAGGCAGAACAGAAAACUCUAUUGGAAAAGGAGAUUUGUUCAUUAAAGAACCAAAUUUCUAAAUUAGAGAAAGAAUUGGAUAAUAAGAACAGGGAAAUAGAGGAUUUAAAUAAAAGCUUGGAAUCCUCUAACAGGAUCCACCUUCAGGUGAUUAAGAAGAACGAAGAACUCGUUUCAACUAACCAGAAGCUAAUGAUGGACAAAAGUAAUUUCAUUGAUAAAGAUACAGCAAAACAAAUUAUAAAACAGUAUUAUGAUGAGGAGAGUAGAGGUGGAGAAAGGAAGGAGGAUAUAGUCCAACUUUUGGAGAGAAUGUUAGAUAUAAACAUGAAAUCCAAAAGGAUAGAAUCAUCUCAAACGGAAAAUCGUCGUUCAUUACUCAAUGAAUUUAUGGAAUUUGUAAAUGAAAACGUAGAAUCCAGAUAG